CCCAAAAUCCAGUGCGACUUGUGUUAUUGUGUCAUCUUCGUGAUACUAUAAAGGGAACAAAACAAAAGUGACCAACAUCUCUUAUAAAAUAUAGACUACCUGUGAUGUAACUUGGCCACAAAAACAUAUAUAAACGGUUAUGGGUGGGGAGAGAUAACGUAUAUUUGGUUUUUGUGUGGAACAGGGUUCUCAGUGGUGGCAAAAUGUCAACCACAUCUGCAGCAACGAAAGGGGAUUUCAACGUCGCUGGGAAAUAUCGUCUGGUACGCAAAAUAGGCAGUGGAUCCUUUGGAGACAUCUAUUUGGCCAUUAACAUCUCAAAUGGCGAGGAAGUGGCUGUAAAGUUAGAGUCAACAAAAGCAAGACACCCUCAGCUUUUAUAUGAAAGUAAACUCUACAAACUGUUAUCAGGAGGGGUUGGAAUUCCACACAUAAGAUGGUUUGGUCAAGAAAAGGACUACAAUGUUCUUGUCAUGGACUUGUUAGGACCCAGUUUGGAGGAUCUCUUCAAUUUUUGUGGUCGCAAGUUUACAAUGAAGACAGUCCUAAUGUUGGCUGAUCAGAUGAUCAACCGAAUAGAGUACACGCACAACAAAAACUUUAUUCAUCGUGAUAUUAAACCUGACAACUUCCUAAUGGGUAUUGGCAGACAUUGUAACAAGGUGUUUAUUAUUGAUUUUGGUCUUGCUAAGAAAUAUCGUGACAACAGAACACGCCAGCAUAUCCCAUACAGAGAAGACAAGAACUUGACAGGCACAGCACGUUAUGCCAGUAUCAAUGCUCAUUUGGGUAUUGAGCAGAGUCGGAGGGAUGACAUGGAAUCCUUAGGUUAUGUUCUUAUGUACUUCAACAGAGGAUCACUACCUUGGCAGGGACUUAAGGCAGCAACAAAAAAACAAAAGUAUGAGCGAAUUAGUGAAAAGAAAAUGUCAACACCAGUGGAGGUCCUUUGUAAAGGGUUUCCUGCAGAGUUUGCCAUGUACCUAAACUACUGCCGAGGUUUAAGAUUUGAGGAGGCACCAGAUUACAUGUACCUAAGGCAACUGUUUAGAAUCCUGUUCCGCACUUUAAAUCACCAGUAUGACUAUGUGUUUGAUUGGACAAUGCUCAAGCAGAAGGCUGCGGCAUCUUCAGCUUCUGGCCUUGCUGUGUCCUCUUUGGCUGCUGCUAAUGGUAAACAACAAUAAGAGUCACGAAUGAGGUAAAAACAUGGAAAGGCUGUUAAAAAGUUCUUUGAUGCCAAAGACCAAGUUCUGCCUAUCACUGUCCACACACACACAUUCAUUUUUCAUUCCUACUCCAUUUAUUAGCAGCCUCUGUAAAUAGUUUUAUUUAGCUUUUUUGGGAGGGGAGGUAGGGGAGCACAUUUUUUUCCUUAGCACUCUUGUUAAUUUGUAUCUUUGCACAGCUAUAACUUUUUUCAGAAAUACUGAGUUUUUAAAAAUAUUUUAUUUACCCCAUAAAAUCCACAUUGACUUUUAAGGUAUGGAUUUCUCUAAAUAUGUGUAUGUACAUAUUUUAAAAAAUAGUUUUAGCUGAAAUAGCUUUUUAAUCAAAUUUUAAAAUGUGUUAAGGGACAUUUCAAAUGAGCAUAUUGAUUUGCUGUUGUAAAAAUGGAAAAGGUUGUUUAUGUUACAGCAUAACUGCACUAGCUUUAAAUACGGUAGUCAAUUGUGCACACAUUGUACCGAUUGAUUUUUAUUAAAAAAUAUUCUAUGAUGGUUGUGUUAUUUCAAGAGCUAGGUUUUUAGUCCUUGAAUGUGUAAGCUUCAGAUGAAAUUUUAAAAUUGAAAUGGAUUACUACCAGUUGUUUAUGAAAUUAAGAAUCUCAUUAUAGAAAGCUUUUCAAGUACAUCCCUAGUGGCAAAAAAAUUAAUGUGCAGUACUUGUUUUGUUUUUGUUAAAUCACGCUUUUUUUGUUAUUGUGAUUCCAAAAAAGACAAUCUAUAAUCUCCUAAAGGUGCUCUUAACAUAAAAUGUCUACACCUUGGAAUAGUUAUAUAAGAAAAGAUAAACCUCAAAUCAUAAGAAAUGAUAAAAUAUAGAUUCAAAAUUAUUCAAUGUUUUGAGGAUGAAUAUUUCUAAUCCCAUUAUUUUCUAGUUUGUUGUUAAAGCUGUUGUACAUAUAAUACUGAUCUAUUUAAUUUUGUCUUUAUUUAACUGACACAACUCAAUUAUUUUCUGACAUUGAAAAAGAUGUUUUAAUCAAAAAGAAAUUAUUUAAAUAUUGUAAAGUUUUUAAAAAUUCUAAUUUUAAACACAUUUCUGUAUUUAAUAUUAGUUUUUGAACAGCUAUGAUCAGUUUAAAUUUGUUCACUGAUAUAUGAUUAACAGUAGGUAAUUUUUAAAGAAAUUAUUCACAAUGCUUAAAGAGGGAUUCAAAAAAGAUUUAGCUAGUUUUCAUAGAUACGAAAUCAGUUUAGCUAACUUGUUACCAGUAACAAGUUAAUUUUAAUAAAUAUCUGUAUAGUUUUAUAUUUUGAAUUAGUAAAUCCCCAAUUCUGUAUAAUUCAAGGUCAUUAUAAUUCGUUGCAAAUUUAUCCCCAACAUAAGAAUUGUUAAGAUACAAUAUGAAUGUACAUUUUUCUCAUGUGUUUUCAUUGUUUGUAAAAAAAAAUUGAGUAAAUUCCAUUAAGUGCAUGUAAAGAUUAAUUGCGCUUUGAAGGUUAUAACUUAAAUAAAUACUUAUGUUGAUUUGUCUAAAAUAUCUGAAAGGAUUUUUGUCUAAAUGAAGUUUUUGUUGGUGCACAUAAUACACCUCAUCAUGGGCUGAUAUCAUGUUAGUUUUUUUUAACCUAAGAUGUGUAUUGGCUUUAUGGUUUACUUAUCACCAUCAGUUACCAUAAAUCCCAAGGAGAGAAAAUUUAUACAUUUAUGAUUCUAGGCAUGAUAUACUAUUUGUGUUGUAAUAAGACCUUAUUUAGGUCUUUUUCUAGUACUUUAUCUUUUCAAACUUACAAAACUUUGAAAAAAUUGUAAAGUAAAUAUAUAAAUAAACAUCACCAAAACUGAUUAUUAACUAUGAAUGUUUACAAAUGUGCUUGAUACUAUCAUGUUUAUAAACAGUGGGGCAGACCUACACUGUCAGAACCAUGAGCAUUGCAUUGGCUGACUAUAUUGUUCAUUCUUUUUUUUUCUUUAAAGCAAUGGCCUUAUGAUAAUGUUGUAAAUAAGCUUGCUGAAGUCCAAAUUAUUACACUUGAAAUACUGUUGCAUACAAUCGUUAGGGUGAUGUUAGAAAUAAAAUAAAAUUAAUCAUCUAGCUGAAAAAAAAAAUUGAAUUUGAAAAAAGAUGAUAAGCUAUUCUUAUUCCACUUUUCUUUUUAGCUAAUACAGCGAGUAAAAACUGUUUCUUAAGCUAUCUUUAUAACUGAGCAACACAGUUGAUACUAUAUGACCCAGUGAGCUGUUAUUGUACAAACUGGACAAUUUUCUAGUCAGAGCUGAAGAAAAAACUCAUUAGAAAUUGUCUAGUAGGACUUGAGUAAGCAACCUACAUAAAUAGCUUAUGUUUAAUUACUCACUGGCCUUGUCAGUUGUAAACUCUCAGGUUACCCCCAGUUUGAUUUUCUUUCAAAGUUGACUAUGUGUUUUGAUAUAUAAAGACUAGAGGUGUACAUAAUUAACACUUGAUAAAGGUUGGUGAUUUCAAGUUUUUAUACAGUUGGCCUGUGUGAAAAAACCCAGAUAAAAAAAAACUCAUCUCAUAUGUAAAUAAAUACUUUUAAAAAAAAUUUCUUCUAUUUUUCCUGUACUAGCUUUUAAAAACAUGUAAUUACAAUGUAUGUCAACCAGUUUUAGUUCUUCAGUUUAUUUUGGUAUUUCAGUGCUUAUCAAUGUACACCAUAGAUAUCUUGUGUUUUGUGUUCAUUUUGUAAUCAUUUUUCAUAUUUCUUAUCCUAUAAAAGUAUCCAAAAUAUAAGAAUUAAAUUGAAACCAAUGUUUCAGCUUAAAAAUUGUUGGCAUUGAACUGAUUGAACACAUGAUUUUUUUAAGUAUACUGAAAUAAUAAACUACAAGCUGCCUAGGAAAGAGAAAUAAUUAAUGUUUACUUCUUUUAAAUUAACACAUAGUGCCUAGAAUGAUUGCUAGUAUAUUGCUAAAUGAUAACAAUUUUCUACCCAUCAUUUUUGUAACCAUUCUAAAAUAAGUAAUAGACUGUUAUAUAAAUAACUCUAACAAUGUCAAAAAUACUUGUAGGUGCAACAAAUUAAAAACAUUGUAUUACAUAGUUUAAUUAUUAUUUGCAUAAGCUAGGUAAUAGAUUCUAUAAUAAAUUUGUGAAUUUUUUGCUGAUAAUUGAAACAAACUGUAAGCUUCAAGCUAAAUUUUGUACUUUCUCACAUAAGUAUGUUACUGGUUAAAUACUGUGAUGUAUGCUUUAUUCUUGUGCCCAUACUUUUGGAUCAGGCUAAAUUCUGUAAUGCCCACACUUUAGGAUCAGGCUAAAUUCUGAAAUGCCCACACUUUAGGAUCAGGCUAAAUUCUGUAAUGCCCAUACUUUAGGAUCCGGCUAAAUUCUGUAAUGCCCACACUUUAGGAUCAGGCUAAAUUCUGUAAUGCCCAUACUUUAGGAUCCGGCUAAAUUCUGAAAUGCCCACACUUUAGGAUCAGGCUAAAUUCUGUAAUGCCCAUACUUUAGGAUCAGGCUAAAUUCUGUAAUGCCCAUACUUUAGGAUCAGGCUAAAUUCUGUAAUGCCCAUACUUUAGGAUCAGGCUAAAUUCUGUAAUGCCCAUACUUUAGGAUCAGGCUAAAUUCUGUAAUGCCCACACUAGUUCGAGUACUUUUCUUCUCCUGUUCUGUUUGUCCAUCAGUUUUGAUUCUCUAGAUGGAGUAUUAAGGCAUGUCUUGAGUUGUGUAAACAUUGAAACAUGCCUUCAUCAAUAAACAGAUUGCAAUAAAAUCAGUUGAGAAUGGACAGUUUAAACAUAGAUUUUUUUGUUAAAUUCACAUUUUUAUUUGUAUACUAUAAUUUUAACUUUUCUGUGCUGAGGAUAUAGCAUUAAAAAUGGUUAAUUGAA